CGUCCAGCAGCUGAUCGGUAAUCCAGAAGAAGUUUCCCCUCAGUUAGGGGGGAGCUCCACUUUGAAGCAGGAGACUCCACAACCACCCUGCAUUAAAAAGGAAGAGGAGGAACUCUGCAUCACUCAGGAGGGAGAGUGUCUUCUAGGACGAGAGGAAGCUGAUUACACCAAGUUUCCACUGAGUAUUAUCUUUGUGAAGACUGAAGAUGAUGAAGAGAAACCACAAGUAGACAACCUCUUAGCUCCACUAUCAGAUAGUGAGGCUGAAGACGAGGUUGAACAACCUUUGAGCAGGGAUAAAGACUGUGAAGGUGAUAUGAGGACUCACACUGACAACAAACACUCUGAAUGCUCUAUAAAGAAGAGAGGUAAAAAAUGUUUGAGCUGCUCAGUUUGUGCUAAAAGCUUUUCUGAUAAGGGCAUGUUGACUCGACACAUGAGAACACACACAGGUGAAAAACCAUAUAAUUGUUCAGUUUGUGGCAAAAGCUUUUCUCAAAAUAGCAUUUUGGGUCAACACAUGAGAACACACACAGGUGAAAAACCAUUUAAUUGUUCAGUUUGUGGCAAAAACUUUUCUCGAAAUAACCGUUUGACUCGACACAUGAGAAUACACACAGGUGAAAAAACAACCAAUUGUUCAGUUUGUGACAAAAGAUUUUCUCGAAAUAACCUUUUGACUCAACACAUGAGAACACACACAGGUAAGAAAACAACUAAUUGUUCAGUUUGUAACAAAAGCUUUUCUCGAAAUAACGAGUUGACUCAACACAUGAGAACACACACAGGUAAAAAAACAAUUAAUUGUUCAGUUUGUGGCAAAAGCUUUUUUCACAAUUGCCGUUUGACUCAACACAUGACAAAACACACAGGUGAAAAACCAUUUAACUGUUUAAUUUGUGGUAAAACCUAUUCUUUAAAAACCCAUUUGACUCAACACAUGAGAACACACACAGGUGAAAAACCCUUUAACUGUUCAAUUUGUAAUAAAAACUAUUAUUUCAAGAGCCGUUUGAGUCAACACAUGAGAACACACACAGGUGAAAAACCAUUUAGUUGUUCAGUUUGUGGCAAAAGCUUUUCUACGAAGAGCCAUGUGACUAAACACAUGAGAAGACACUCUGGAGAAAAAACAUUUAGUUGUUCAGUGUGCUGUAAAAGGUUCACACGUAAUGCAGCCGCAGUAAAACACAUGAGAACACACAAGGGAAAAUAACCAAUUGGCUGUUCAGUUUGUGGUAUGUUGCUCAUAUGUGGCGACAUCCACCCUACCCAGGACCUCCUCACUGCUUCUUUCACAAAUAUCUGAGGUAUUCAUACAAACUUGGAUUAUUUGGAGCAUAAUCUUAUCCACUCAUGACCCCAUGUCUUCUCUGUAUCUGAAACCUUCAUGAACAGUAAGAUAGAUCAGUGGUUCUUAACCUGGGUUCGAUCGAACCCUAUGGGUUCGGUGAGUCGGCCUCAGGGGUUCGGCAGAGCCUCCGCCGCAGCGGUUAAGACACACCAGACUCAUCAUGUAAAUAAAAACUUCUCCCUAUCGGUGUAUCUGUACUGUAAAGUUAAAAUUUGAAUGACAA